AUGGCAGCCUCUGCACCAGCGGAAACUUCACCAGAAACCCGUAGCACAGUUCAAGCCGAGCAAGCGCCCAGCGUGGCUGAAAGGAGCCUGCAACAGCCUGCUGCUCAGCAACCUCCCAAGCAAAAACAAAGGAAUGGCAGUUCGGAAAUCACACGCCCAUUGGAUACAGCGCCAGAACCUGCGGAAGAAAUAUUGCUGCCGCCAACACCUGAAGAGGCCGAACCCCCAAUCCAAAAUCCCCCAGUUGUUGAUGAACUAGACGACAUGGGGAAAGAUGACUUCUACCGCGACCUUGAUGUCUGGCUCCGUUUGGAGGAGAAAGACAUCAAAAGACGUUGGAAUAUUAAUGGAACGCCCAUAGAGUUAUACGACUUGGCGCAAGCUAUCCAAACUGCUCCUGUCCUCCCUGAAACCGGCACUGUCGACUGGGAAAAAGUCGCCGAAAAUUUGGGGUUUGCCGAUCCUGACGUGCACUUGCUCAACGAGUUGCAACUCUUUUAUGAUGAAAGUCUCCAGGAGUUUUUGAACUCGACGAAGAGCCCGUCUCAGAUUCAGAGGCCAUAG